AUGUUCGGAGAGUUUUGGUGGCUGUGCCUUAUGGAGUUCCCAAGAGCUGCUCAAAGACAUAUAAGGCCCUCCAUCGUCCCUUCCGCUAGUCUCGAUCAGGAACUGAGGCUUGUUGGAGAUAUCCGUCGUGCUCGUGAGCUGUUGCCAUUGAUGGACAAGGGCCCUCGUCGUUCCUCCGGGGGCAACGUCUUGAUGUCCAUUGAUGUGUUAGAUUACUCCUUGGCCUUGAAGAUUGAGGACUUCUUGGAGCGUCAUCUCCAGACCCAGGUCUUCAAGCUCGAUUUUGCCAAAUCCAUCCAUCACGCCUGUGUCUUGAUCCGUCAGCGCCACAUCCGUGUCAAGCACAUUGACUUUUCUUUGACCUCCUCAUUUGGUGGUGGACAUGCUGACCAUGUCAAGAGAAAGCGUGCUGCUGUUACCGCAAGCAGGAGUGAUGAUGUUGAGGAGAAGGACGAGUAAAAUAUUUCUAAUAUCUAGUAUAUAGUCUUUCGAGUAAUUUUUCCGACAUUCAAAUAAAAGUGAAUAUGAAAGAGAAAAGUCGAAAGAAUGAGGGGU